AUGUCAUAUUUAGGCAAUAUUCAUAUGAGCCAAACAUCUUGGUUUGGAGAAAAGACUGCUACGGUUGGCCUUGUAGCCGGAUUUUUUGGAGGUCUGGCACUUGGUUGGGUAUUCAGUUCAUCAGUAUUUCUUAAUAAUAGUGUCAAAGUUGUUUCAAAUGCAUUCGAUUUUGAAAAAGAUCAAUCUAUAGAUGACAAAAAUUUCGAUCCUGGUUCUUCUGAUGCUGAAGGAGAAUACAAACUUGUCCUUGUUGUACGAAAUGAUCUAAAAAUGGGUCAAGGGAAAAUAGCAGCACAAUGUUCUCAUGCUACACUUGCAUGUUUUCAAAAAGCAUGUGAAAAAAUACCUGAUGUUGUUGAUACAUGGUUUUCUAGUGGACAAGCAAAAGUUGUGUGUAAAUGUGAAUCAGAUGAUGAUUUAGAACAAUUACGUCGUCAAGCUAAGUUUAAGGGUUUAACAACUUGUUUGAUACGUGACGUGGGUCAAACAAAAAUUGGUUUAGGUCGUAAAACAGUACUCGGCAUUGGACCAGCACCUUCGCGAUUGAUCAAUGAGAUGAUUCGUCAAUUGAAAAUAUAUUGA